CUGCUGAUGAAGAAAAAAAAUAGACAUCAACGAGGACAUUGACAUAUUCUGGGGAAAACUCCAAAAAUAUACAAAUGAAAUGGGUGUAUUUGAAUUCCAGAAAUUGUCACAGUUCGUACUGAAUAUAUUAUCCCUUCCGCACUCAAAUGCUGAAUGCGAAAAAGAGUCUCCAGUAAAAUAAACUUGGUUAAAACAAAAUCAAGAAAUAAGUUAAUAACUAAUACAAUCAAUGGUUGUUUAUUAACGUCUCAGUGUGUGAAAAAAGAUGGUAACUGCGUAGAUUUUACACCUACUCAGAAUAUUUCUAGUAUCGAAGUUGAUGAAGAUGAAUUUGUCAUAGACGGUUGAAAUAUAAAUUUUUGAAAAGAGGACACAUGAAUGCAAAUCAUAUUUAUGUUACAAUGGAAUCGGAAGGUUUUACAGAAGCAAGUAGCAGUUCGGCCACCCCCAAACGUAGUGGUAGUAAGCUGAGCCCCUUAACCAACCAGAGAAUUGAAAGAAUGAAGGCUAAAAUCAAUUCUUUGAAGUGCAAAAUAUUUAGGCGUAAAGUUCCCCACUGUUUUUGCAAAGGAAGACCCAUCGAGGCUACCAAUAGAACAAAUAUCUCAAGAUUGAUAUGUGAAUCAAAACGAUACCUUUCCAAAGAUGCUCAUAUUAUUUUUGCUAAUGAGUUGAAAGCAAACUUUGUUAAUAAAUUCAACAGAAGAUAUGAUGAUGACUUGGAAGAAAUGUGCUUGUUAAGCUUGUUAAGUGAAUACAAAAAAUCAAAAACUAAGAAAUCUAUGCAAUGAAUAAUGAUUCACAUU